AUAUCACCCAUGUACACACAAUUGUUUGCAACAUUUAAAAAGUGCAGACCAAACACAUGUGCCAUGACAGACCACACUUCUACACAGCAUGAAAGAGAGCCAAACCAACAGCUAAGACCAGCGUUUGGACCUUGAUGGGACUCCACUGAUUCAUGUCAGAGCAAAUCCAAGGUUAGUUACAAAACCUAAACCAUAAUGAGCAAACUAAAUUGACGAUGAACAUCUUAAACACAGCUUUUUCUUGUUCUUUUAGACAUCCCUCAUGGAGAGUUUUGCAGCCUUCCCCCUGCUCUCUGGUAAUCACAGCAGCCGCAGCAACACCUCUUGUUCCCGUGACAAUGUUUUGAAGACGGUGGUCUUUCCAGUUCUCUACUCCUUACUUUUCUUGGUUGGACUGACUCUUAAUGGAGUGGCAGUGUGGGUGUUUUUUCGCAUCCCCUCCAAAUCUCACUUCAUCAUUUACCUGAAGAAUAUCGUGGUCGCAGAUGUCAUCAUGAUUUUAACGUUCCCGUUCAAGGUACACUCUAACUGAUCAUUGUCCUGGAAAUAGAGUUGAACAUGUGACCGAUAACUUAAUUGAUGAUUUUUGCUCUGUUUUAAAUAGAGCAGUUGCACGUCACAUAUAGGAGCAGAGCUUUGGUUGUGAUGUGGUUGAAACAUCUUUUUUUUUUUUUUUUGUGAGUCAUUGCAUUUUAAGCAAGUGAUAGAAAUUCAAAUGCUUAGUGUUUUCUCACUAGGCACAAAUAGUACAGAUAUAUUGCAACAUAUUUCUCAAGGUUACAAAAGGUCACUAAAGAAAGUAAUUUCUCUGUAAGACAUGAGCUUCUAGGUUUCUCUUAUCUAAUCAUCAUUUGCUGUUUUACUUUAAAAAAAAAGUAAUUUAUAAAUUUAAGAAUCACUCUAGAAAGAUUGGCGAAAGUUUUGUUUUUCAAAAUUUAGCAUCAAAAAAUGCUGAUUUAUUAAUAUAUAUGUGUGAAUGGCUAUUAAAUUAAAGGUAUAGAUAUUUUGCCAAUAUUGCCAUUUAUUCAUUAUUUUGCAUCCCUAAUAUUCAAUUUAUGUCAAUUAGAAAAUGUUGCAAAAAGUAGGUCAUCUAAUCCAUUUAUUAAAUAGUUAAUCCACUAUUUGGCAUCCCAAAUGUUCAAUUUGUAUCUAUAUACUACAUACAAGUAAAGUUUUCAGUAUUUCAGUUAUCUGAUUUACCUCAUCAGUGACACGUUCACAAUUUAGAAUCCCAAAUUUCUUUGUAUGUCUAGAAAUAAAUUUGGUUUUGACAAAGAGGUUUGAACAUUCCAGUUUCAUCUCUUAAACAAUUUGGCAUCCCACAUUUUCUGUGUAUUUCGAUAUAAGGUAUAUAUAAGGUUUACAUACAUUUCAGCUCUAAAUCAAUUCUGUCACAAUUUGGCAUCCCACAUUUCCUAUUUGUUUUCAUAUGAAUUAGUUAAUUAGUUAAAUUACAUUCAAGAUGUUUCAUCUCUAAAAUACCUCAUUGACAAUUUGGCAUCCCAAAUGUUUGUGAAUGUUUUUGAAUUCAAAUACUAAACAGUAAAGUCUCUGUUUUCACAGGUGUUGGCAGACUCUAACAUCGCCUCCACUGGACUGCGUAUAUUCGUGUGUCGGGUUUCCUCAGUCCUCUUCUACCUGACCAUGUACAUCAGCAUCCUUUUCUUUGGCCUCAUCAGCAUAGACCGCUGCAGAAAAACCCUCAAGCCUUUCAGAGGGACAAACUCGGCUCGGCUGACCCGUCGCAAACUCCUUUCAGGAGCUAUCUGGACUUUCCAACUGGUUCUCUGUCUGCCCAACGUGAUCCUAACCAGUAAACCUCCAAAGUCUCCAAAUUUUAAGUGCAGUGACCUGAAGACUCCGGCUGGGCUGUAUUGGCAUGAGGUGGUGAAUUAUGUCUGUCAGGUUGUUUUCUGGAGUAACCUGGUGACUGUGAUUAUUUGCUACACUUUAAUCACCAAAGAGCUGUACAGAUCAUACGCCCGCACUAAAUCCCAGGGCCCUGGAGGGACUAUUUGUAAAGCACAGAGUGGGGGAACAGUUCGAAAGCCAGGGCAGGCUAAAAGGAAAAUGAAUGCAAAUGUGUUCUUGGUUCUGGCAGUGUUCUUUGUUUGCUUUGUGCCCUUCCACUUUGCUCGCGUGCCGUACACCAUGAGCCAGACCCGAGUGGUCCUCUUUGACUGCAAACUCAAACUCUUCUUCUUUCAGCUGAAGGAAAGCACCCUGUUUCUCUCAUCUUCAAACGCUCUGCUGGAUCCUCUCAUCUAUUUCUUCCUCUGCAAGUCUUUCAGGACCACUCUGUUCAAGAGCCUGAAGCUCCCACCUGGUACCUGCAGCUGGUUACUAAAGAGGGGGUCGGACACAGACACAGACACAGACUGCACUCCCAUGAGAGACUCCACUGGGUGAAUGUAGGGCCACUGAAACCAAUCAAGACUCUUUGUUCAGAGAAGUGAAAAACACAGUGACCUACAGUAUUCUGUGAUCAAAACCAGCAUGAUCAGACUGACCUACAAACAGAACUGUGCACUCAUCAGUGUGCAUGACUAUCACAAAAGUACUGCAUUACUGUACACUUAAAACAUGCAGGAGAAACUGUGUGUUUAUGGAGUUUAUCGAUUAAUUUUUAAUCUCCGUUGUAGAAAGGCAGUGAGAGUGGAUACAAGUGUCAAAAUCAACACUGAAAGUUUGUUUUCCUUGCUUUUGUUGAAGUGAAAGGAAAAACAGUGGUUUGUUUUUGAGUAGCUCUUUCUGUUCUCUUUUCAUGUUAAAAAUAACUAGUUCCUCUUCUAUACUUUUGUGAACUGUAUCUUUGAAACCAAAAAAGUACAAAAAAAAUCGUUCACAAGCUGAUAAAGUACCAAUAACUUUCCUUUGAGUGUCCUAUAACUAUAAAAUAAACCUCAACUCUCAAAAUAAUCAAAUGUCACUGUAUUUUAAUUUGUUGUUGAAUAUAUAUGUGCAUGAUUCUUUUGGAUUUUAACAACAUAAAGAAGGUAAAUGUGAAUACUGUAUACAUCUGUGUUGUUAUUUUUUUACAUUUAUGUAGAAUAGGGGUGUGCAUUAUUGGACUUUUGCUUAUAUUUGAUAUGCCAAUAUUUUUAAACCUAUUCUGGCAGAUAUGGAUACUGAUAUACACCUUUUUUAUUGUAAGAAUGAAUUUUUUCUUUAAUAAAAUGACUUGUUACUUUAAAUGCAA